UUUGUACAUAAACAAGGUGCAGAUGCGGUUCACGAGAUAAAACGAAACCCAUUGUCAGCUUGAAAUCCUGUCUGUGAAAUGAGUCCGAUCACUGGGGCACGUUUUCACGCUGUUUAAAUGCAAACAUUCAUAUUUCAAUCCACUGUAUUUCACUUAAGCGCUGUAGACUGGACUCUGUACCGUGCCAACUUGAAAAACACAUUUUCCAAAUAGACCAGAAAAAAAAAAAAGUAAGUGUACUUACCACGAGCUUCUCUUCAAAUCCGCUCAGGUGGGUUUUAAAUAAAAAAUAUAAUUAAUAAAUAUAACACAUACAAACUUCAACAGCGUUCCAAUAUAGACCAAAAAAACAGACAGACUUCCACAAAACUGAAACGAAAAACGAUUAUUUUACUUGUGCUUGUAGUUCAGUCGGCCGAGGUGUUUUUUUUUUUUUUGUUUUAAUAAACAAAAUGCCAGUCUGUCUUUUUUGUUGUUUUGUUUUGGUUCGUUUUCAUCAAGCAGAAGAAAAACGAAUCGGCGCGAAUGCGCUGCGGAGCCGAGCCUGCGUCCUGCAAUUAGGAAACGCGUGCCAUCCGGAUUAUCUCGUUAAUGAAUCAAGAAAGACAACAGAAAAAAAAAUGCUUUCAUUAUAAUUAAUUCCCGGACAGGGUCAUUAUUAUCGAGCGGGCGCGGAGCAACUGGUAGAUGGGGUUCUGUGUAGAGGUGACAGAUUGGAGGGAGCAGCCGUUAGACUUCCAGUCCGGUCGUGGUGCCAGACACUGGGACAGGGACAGAAGUGUGGAAGAACCGCUUCCCUCGACUCCGAGUCCGGCGCUACAGCAGGGUGAGACAGCAGGAUCUGCGAGGCUGACUCAGCCCAGGAAACUAGACGAGAGGCCUUACACUUGCUUUCACCAUUUUUACCAACUUCACCCCCCAACCGAACUUUAGCAUGAUGUCGUAUCUCAAGCAACCGCCUUACACGGUCAAUGGACUGAGUUUAACUGCGUCCGGCAUGGACCUGCUGCAUCCGUCUGUGGGGUACCCAGCGACGCCUCGGAAGCAGCGGCGCGAGAGGACCACUUUCACCCGCGCGCAGCUCGACGUGCUGGAAUCCCUGUUCGCAAAGACCCGGUACCCGGAUAUAUUCAUGCGCGAGGAGGUGGCGCUGAAAAUCAACCUGCCCGAGUCUCGAGUCCAGGUUUGGUUCAAGAACCGGAGGGCAAAGUGUCGCCAGCAGCAGCAGCAGCAGCAGAACGGAGGCCAGAGCAAAGUGCGUCCGGCCAAGAAGAAGAGCUCUCCCGCAAGAGAGGCCAGCUCCGAGAGCGGGGCCAGCGGCCAAUUCACACCGCCUAGCAGCACCUCCACCCCGGCCAUCCCCAGCAGCAGCGCGCCUGCGUCCAUCUGGAGCCCGGCGUCCACCUCCCCGCUGUCCGACCCGCUCUCCACAUCCUCGUCCUGCAUGCAGAGGUCGUACCCCAUGACCUACACGCAGGCGUCGGGGUACAGCCAGGGCUACGCCGGCUCCACGUCCUACUUCGGAGGGAUGGACUGCGGGUCCUACCUCACCCCGAUGCACCACCAGCUCUCUGGUCCAGGAUCUGCACUGAGCCCGAUGAGCAGCCACCUCAACCAGCCCCCCGCCUCCCUCUCUGCUCAGGGCUACGGGGCCUCAGGGCUCGGCUUCAACCCCACUUCCGACUGCUUGGAUUAUAAGGACCAGGCGGCCUCCUGGAAACUGAACUUCAACUCCGACUGCUUGGAUUACAAAGAUCAGGCGUCGUCAUGGAAAUUCCAGGUUUUGUGAACCAACCAACCAACCAACCAACACAAAAACAAACCGACAGAACAUAAGAAAUGAGUAAUUAUAAUGAAGAGACUGAACAUUCUGAGCUGGACUCGCAGGAUUCACUUUGCAGAGGGGAGGGGAGGGGAGGGGAGGGGGGCUCUCUGACUUACCCGAGUGUGUGAGACUCCCCCAUUUACCACCGCGUACUCCUAAUCCCGUUUUGGUUAUCACUUUGGAAAAGGGGCCAUUUAGGAUCCAGCACUAGCCAAUAAACUUUUUAUUAUUAUUCUCAUUAUUCUCGUCAUUAUUAUUAUUAUUAUUAUUAUUAUUAUUAUUAUUAUUAACCGUGACGUACACAGACAGCUGUUUCUGUCUGUAUGUUUCUCCUAAUGGCACCUGUUGGUUAAUUCACGAGACUUUGGAAAGAACUCCUGUCAACCAAGACACAAAAUAUAUACAGCCAGGAGAACCAUGGCUUGGUUACGGACUCAGAAUGGGUGGGGUUUCCCUAAAAGAUCCUUAAAUUCCUGACUUGCACCCUGGUUGGCACACCAAGAGACCUUUACACCAGGGG